AUGUCCUCGGUUUGCGAGUUCUUGGAUACAUGCAUGGUUGGUAAACCACAGUGUGACCAAAUCCUUGGUGGGGGAUCAGAACUAAGACCCAGGCGGAAAAAACUAUUAGAUUAUUUUAGACUCGAUUUAGUUUUAUUUAUUCAACGAAAGUUGGAAAUAUACACUAACAAGUACUUGUUAAGUGCUAACGUUUUCAGUACUAACGUAGACACAUUGCCGGAUACAUUUCAAGAACAGGCAAUCGAGCUGAAGAACGAUUUACGCGCAAAAAUUGAUCUUAACAGUGGCAGCUCUUUGGAAGAGUUUUGGGUAAAAUACCAACCCAUUUAUCCUGAAAUUUCAAAUGAAGCCUUACAAGUCCUUGUACAAUUUUCAUCGACUUAUUUAUGUGAAUCUGGGUUCUCCAGCUUGGCCAUUAUAAAAACCAAACAUAGAAAUUGCUUGGAUGUUGAAUCUGACUUGAGGUGUUCUCUAUCAAACAUCGAGCCGAACUUUAAAAAAUUGUCCAAAGAAAAGUGUUGUCAGCCUUCACAUUAAAUGUUAAUUUUAUUAUACAUUCUAUUAUUUAUAUUUUUUACUAAUUUAUUUAAUUACUCACGUCAAUU